CAAAUUUCUUGCAAAUUCUCUCUGGAACAGAAAUCAAAUGCGUUUUCGCGUUUUUGUGCUAAAACUAUUCCAAACAGUUUGAAAAAAUUAAGUCAUGGCUUCCGAGUCCGCUGCCAUGGACAUUUUGGACAGCGCAGAAGCAUCUUUGAAUGUGGCUCCGACCGCUUUGGUGAAGAAGGAAAAAAAGGUGCAGCCGGCAACCGACGAGGGUUUGUCUGCAACGCCGAAGAAAAAAGCAAAAAUGGAAAUUGAUGCUGAAAUGAAGGACUUGACUAUUGACAUUGCCAAUUCGAAAAAGUCUCAAGAAAAGGAUCUAGAGGCACUUGAGGACGCCAAGGAUCCCGAAGCUGACAGUAGCAUUGAGUUGCUGUGUAGCCCUACUCCCGCAGAGGCUACGGAUGUAGGUUCAAUGUCGUCAAAAACCGAAUCGGACAACAGCGUGGAGCUCCUCGAAAGCCCCCUCAAAUCGCCUUCCUCAAACGAUGUUAACGAUGAAGAGUUGUUUCCACUUGAAGAGAAGGAAAUACCAGGCCCCGCAAAGGAGUUGGAGCCAAAAGAAAGUGAACCCGACAGCAAGGAGAGCAGCAAAAGUGAAGCGUUGGCUGACAGCAGCAUUGAACUAAUAAGCAGUCCCACUUCGGAUGAUUCGUUUGCAAAGGAGAAGGAGGUGGAGGCAAAGGAGGAACACGGACAGCAAGCUGAAGCUCAGGUGCUGCAAGAGAUUCCACGGAAAGCUGACGACAGUCUCAAACUGCAGGAUGAUAUAGCUAUGGAAGAAGAUGUACCAGUGCCAAAAUCGAAAGCAAUACAAGAAUCCAAGGAAACCCAAAAAACUUACAAAACUACAACUAAGCUGGAGCCGCUUGUCGAUUCCAUCAAGGAUACAAUAAAGGAUGAGCCAAAAGAUAAACAAAAUAAUAAUGUAGAAUCAAUGAAAAUCGAUGAAUCGCACAGUGAAGCCGAGGAAAAGUCUAAAAGCGACAUUGCCUGGGAUGGGAGGAUCUCCUACAACAAAGAUUGCAUCAACUGUAACUGCAAGCGGCUACAGAAGCAGUAUGUGCUGGCGUGCGUGGCUGUUCUGAACUUCUACAAGGUUCCGAGGAAGUUGAAAAGGUCGCAGUACGUUUGCCUGGACUGCUGCGACACGGCCGUGGAAAUGUACGAGGAAUAUGCUGGACUGCUGUUGGCGAAGCAACCGCUGCUGCUGAGGGAAUUUAAGCAGGAGCAGGCUGAUUUUGUGACCCUGGACAGCAGCGACGAGGAGGAGGACGAAAAGACACCAGAAAAACCCGAGUUUUCCAAAAAUGUUUUGGAUCUGAUCGAGAACGAACUGGAAGAUGCCAUUAAGAAGACGCUGAAUAAGGUGGACUUUUCAAAUCAACUCAACUGGUCCAAAACCAUCCUUCAAGCCAAAAUUAAGCGAUUGGGGAAGGAGUUCGAGGAGGUGGAUUUAGAGCUGGCCCAGCUCCAAGGCUUGGCAGACAAAAUGCACUGCUCCGUGUACAACUCAUGCCAGGUGGUUCACAAACAAUUGCCACCUCUGGAUCUCCAUCAAAAUAUCUGCCCUAGUGAUUAUAAACGCCUGCAGCAGCUGCCAGCUGCUGGUGAUAUCGAACGGCCCCCGAUCAAAAUUGGGGAGACCUACUACGCCGUCAAGAACAAGGCCAUUGCUAGCUGGGUGUCUGUAAAUGUGAUGGAGAUCUGCGACACCACCACCGGCGGAGGUGUCACCGUGAAGGCCUAUAAGAUCAAGUAUCAGCACAUGCCAUAUCCGAUGAUGAAGACGGUGACGGCCAAGCACUUGGCCUAUUUUGAGCCGCCGACAGUGCGUCUGCCCAUCGGUACACGCGUGAUCGCAUUCUUUGAUGGCACAUUGGUAAGUGGCAAAGAGAAGGGCGUGGUGCAGAGUGCUUUCUAUCCGGGCAUCAUUGCCGAGCCCCUGAAGCAAAACAAUCGCUUUCGCUACCUGAUAUUUUACGACGACGGCUACACACAGUAUGUGCAUCACAGCGAUGUACGUCUGGUGUGCCAGGUAUCCGAAAAGGUGUGGGAGGAUGUACAUCCCGCCUCGCGCGAUUUUAUCCAGAAGUACGUGGAGAGAUAUGCGGUGGAUAGGCCCAUGGUGCAAUGCACCAAAGGACAAAGCAUGAACACCGAGUCGAACGGCACCUGGCUGUACGCCCGAGUCAUUGAAGUCGACUGCAGCCUGGUGCUGAUGCAAUUCGAGGCUGACAAGAACCACACGGAAUGGAUAUAUCGCGGCUCGCUGCGCCUGGCUCCCGUCUUCAAGGAGACCCAGAAUUCUCUGAAUGCCGACUAUGCCCACCAGAUGAGGGUCCCAAGGCGCACGGAACCGUUCAUACGUUACACCAAGGAGAUGGAGUCCAGCAACAUGCAGGUGGAUCAACAGAUACGUGCCAUAGCCCGCAAAAGAAUUUCGAACUCAGGUUCGCCUGCAUCAACUGCAGCACCUUCAACUGGAUCAUGCUCAUCCUCCGCUGUCCGUCACCUGAACAACUCCACCAUUUACGUGGACGAUGACAUCCGUCCCAAGGGUCAGGUGGUGCACUUCACGGCCAAGCGUAAUGUGCCGCCGAGGAAAUUCAAGAGCCACAAAUGCAAACCGGACUGUCUCUUCACGAUCAUGCACCGUUUGGACAGCUACAGUCCGCUGUCCAAGCCACUACUGUCAGGAUGGGAGCGCAUGGUUAUGAGGCAGAAGACCAAGCGGACUGUCGUCUAUCGCGGUCCGUGUGGCCGGAAUCUGCGCAACAUGGCCGAAGUGCACACCUAUCUACGGCUCACCAAAAAUGUCCUGAAUGUAGACAACUUUGAUUUCACUCCCGAUCUGCGCUGCCUGGCCGAAUACUACAUCGAAUCGACAAUCGUCAAGGAAGCGGACAUCUCCAAGGGGCAGGAGAAGAUGGCGAUUCCUCUAGUCAACUACUACGACAACACUCUGCCGCCGCCCUGCGAAUAUGCCAAACAACGCAUUCCAACCGAGGGCGUGAACCUGAAUCUCGACGAGGAGUUCCUUGUGUGCUGCGAUUGUGAGGAUGAUUGUUCGGACAAAGAGUCGUGCGCCUGCUGGCAGCUGACCGUGACCGGCGUCAGGUACUGCAAUCCCAAGAAGCCCAUUGAGGAGAUCGGUUACCAGUACAAGCGUCUGCACGAGGGCGUGCUGACGGGCAUCUACGAGUGCAACUCACGCUGUAAAUGUAAGAAGAAUUGCUUGAACCGCGUGGUCCAGCAUUCGCUGGAGAUGAAGCUGCAGGUAUUCAAAACCUCCAACCGUGGCUGGGGACUACGCUGUGUCAACGACAUUCCCAAAGGCGCCUUCGUGUGCAUCUAUGCCGGUCACUUGCUGACGGAGGCGAAGGCCAAUGAGGGCGGUCAGGAUGCGGGGGACGAAUACUUUGCCGAUCUCGACUACAUUGAGGUGGCCGAGCAGCUGAAGGAGGGCUAUGAGUCGGACGUGGAGCGCUCGGAUCUGGACCACGAAGAUGACAACUACGGCCCCGAUGCAGAGGACGACGAUGACUUUCGACCCAACAACUAUUAUCAGAAAAAGAAGGAAAAGCUGCGCCCCUCACGCAGCAACAGCAGCAGCACGCAGAACACCGAAUUGGACUCGCAAGAGCGGACAGUAAUUAGCUUCAAUCCAAACACUGAUCUGGAUGAAACAGUGCGUGAAAACUCUGUGCGCCGCUUCUUUGGCAAAGACCAGACCCCCUUCAUCAUGGACGCGAAGACAACUGGCAAUUUGGGACGCUACUUCAAUCAUUCGUGCAGCCCCAAUCUGUUUGUUCAGAAUGUCUUUGUGGAUACCCACGAUCUGCGUUUCCCCUGGGUCGGCUUCUUCGCGUCCUCGCACAUUCGCUCUGGCACAGAGCUGACCUGGAACUACAACUACGAGGUAGGCGUGGUCCCCAACAAGGUUCUCUAUUGCCAGUGCGGUGCCCCGAACUGUCGAGUGCGUCUGCUCUAAUUUAGUUUCAAGCUCCAACAUAAUACAAAAUAAACAAUUUAAAAGAUU